AUGAACUAUAUUUUGAGGAGAACGGGCUCCGACCUCUUCCGGCUCCUAAAGCGCUACAGCUACAAGCCAGCCUUCCGACCAAAGCCGGCGCCGCCGCUGCAGACGGUCGCCCGGCACUACCACGUCUACCCGCAGCGAUCGGAGAUCACCGUCCCAAGCCGAGCACUAGUACUAACCCGCCAAUGCCCUGUGAUCCGUCGGCUACUUGCGCCGCUGGUGCGGACGUGGAUUCCUCAUUGCCGGUACCAGGCCUCGCCACCGCGGCCGGAGCUCAUCCACUUCACCCGAGGCGUCGGCGGGCUCCCGUGGUUCCUCGACUGGCGGAAGGUGGCUGCGCGGUUUCUCCUCCCAGGCGCUGCCGCAAUCGCCGCCUACUACUGUUCCCUCGAGGCGGUGCCCUACACCCACCGCACCCAUUUCAUCUUCCUCCCUCCGCGGGUCGAGCGGUGGCUCGGUGAGCUCCUGUUUGACAACACCAAGGAGGACGAAGCCGACAAGAUCCUCCCCCCGGACCACGACGAGUCUGUCCGCCUACGCCGGCUCACCUCAGAGAUCGUCGGCGCCGCCGAACGCACCCUUGUAGUACCACCUGUCCAGCAGGACGAGCACAUGUGGAUAACCAAGAGGUGCCGGAACCACGUGAAGGUGCCGCCAAUGACGAGGCACCUCGACGGGCUCGACUGGGAGGUGAUCGUCAUCGAAGAUGAUACCGUCAACGCGAUGUGCCUGCCCGGUGGCAAGAUUAUGGUCUACACUGGGUUCCUCCACCAUUUCAAAACUGAUGCUGAGGUUGCCGCCGUGCUUGGGCAUGAGGUCGGGCACGUUAUUGCGAGGCAUACGGCUGAGAAGGCCAGCAAGAGCCUGGUGUCCAUGUUCAUGAGAACUGGCAUACGGCAGUUCUUUGACAAUCCACGUUUGGUCAAAUACGUUUCCAAAUUCCUCCAAGAGCUGCCCUUAUCGAGACUUUCCUGAUAAUGUUACCUGUGUAGGUUGGAGAUAGAGGCAGAUCACAUUGGAAUGCUGCUACUUGCUGCGGCUGGUUUUGAUCCAUACAUAGCCAUUGAGGUUCAAGAGAAGCUAGGAAAGAUCGGAGGAGAUUCAGAAUUGCAAAACUACUUUUCUACUCACCCUUCAAGUAAGAAAAGAGCAAAGUAUUUGUUGAAAGACAAUGUCAUGGAGGAGGCGUUGGAACUAUGCAGAGAAUCAAGUGUUAGUAAGGCAGAGAAGGCUUCCUCUUGGUCCUAGAUUUUCAAACUCUCCUACCGGAUGCUAAUAUUUCUAGAGCUUGGCAGAGAAACAUGCGCUUAA